UUAGUUCAUAGUCCAAGUGAUAACUUGAAUAGAAACUUUGUAGCAUAUUAGUAAGCAAACAUUUGAAAAUAGUAAGCAGCAUUAUUGAGAGCUCACAACCAAAACUGUAGGACUAAGCAGAUAUCAUGGCGACCCUUGCAAAAUAUGUGGAGAAAGCAGUGGCUGGUGCGUAUCUGUUCUUAGGAGGAAUUAAAAUUGUAGCAUUGACAAGUAUAUCACCAGUAAUCAGAGACACAUUUACGACACAAUUCAGAGAUUUUGCGCAAGUUUUCCCUCUUGCAAAACUUGGAUACAUCCCAGAAACACAAUGCUUCCUGGCAACAAUUGGAUUUGUUGAAACCUUCCUUGGUUUACUUUUGAUGUUUGGAGAUGGAGGGGUUAAGCAACUAGCAGCUAAGGGGUUAAUGGUUAUAAUGUUGGGUGCCAUAUGGACCUUGGCACACAUUGACCCGCCACAGUUAAUUGUGCCCAUUUCUUUCCUUGGAGGACUUAUAUGGAUUCAUAACAAUGCUGAGAAAAAGGAUAACAAGAGAUUGUAGAGUCAAUAUGAAAUCAAUGGAAAACAAUUUACAUGUAGCAAUGCUACAAGAGAUAUUGCAUAAGAUAGGAAAUUUAUGUGUCCAUAACUAACUGAACAGUGCCAUAAUAAUUGUUUAUAAAUACAGAGAACUAAUCAACAGAGAAUGAUAUACUGUAUUUGUCUUUAAUUUGGCGAACUUUUUAAAUUGGUGAAUUUUGGAUGUAGUGG